AUGAUAAUUCCUCAAAAUGAGUCAUUUCUACUCUCAGGCCUUUAGAACAUUGAAUAUUAGGUUUAGAAUACUGUUAUUAGUUAACUUCAUGUAUGAAAAGUAAUAUAUUUAGAAAUAUCGAUAACUAAGUGUUUUUGAUUCUUUUAUAGAAAAUCCUAGUAUGAAUCACGAUGAUAUUAACCCAAUAAUUAAAAGUAAAUAUCUUAAUUUACGCAAUAAAAUACGUUUUGAAAAUAAAGAAGAUGAACUAGAAUUUGAAGAUAUUAUUAUCAAAUGGAAUUAAAGUCACUAAUAAAAUGUGAGAUUAAAUCAAAUGGUGACGGAAUAUGCAAAUCAAUAAAUUUAGAAUAAUUAAUAUUAAACAGAUUUUCCAGUUUCAAAGAUUCAUAUCCUAGAUUACGAAGAGAACCAACCAAUUUCAUCAUUCUCAUUAUUGACUUCGAAAGAUUAGAUUAUUGAUCAUCAAAUAUUGCAAGAUCUACCAUAAGAGAAAUUCACACAAACAGAUUGUCCUACUGAGAUGGUUGAUAAAUGUUCAUAAACAGAUGUAAGAGAUUUUGAUGAGAAGGAUACUGAAAAUGUAGUUGAGUUUUUUAAUUCUUCAUUCUACCAAGACUUAAAGAAUAAAUAAUUCUUGAUUGAUGCUUAAUUAAUUGUAAGUAUAUUUAUGAUAUUGUUCCUAAGUCAUUGAUAUAAACUGUAUUUUUGAUGCACAAUGAAUAAAAGAUAGAAAUAAAUGAACCAAUUAAAUAAUAAUUAGAAUUCCUGAUGAAGAGAAUCAAUAAGAAAGACUAAAUUAGCUAUAAUACUAUUACCAUUAUAAGGGAUAGUGUGGAUAAAUGA